UUGAAGCACCCAGUCUACCCAUCUCUGUGCUCGGUUAGCGGUGCGCGCUGCCGCUGCGCACAGUGAACGCGCCUCUCCAUGCGGUUUGAAUAAAGAAGGUAAAACAGAAAAAGAAAUCAGCGGAUGAUGGAAAGACAUGAAUCUGAUAUUGAAACGGGGUAGCAGUGACCGGUCUUAUCCUCUCAUCUGAACCCGGUCAAAGUGUCCGGAGGGUCCGGUUCUCCGCCCUGCUCCUCCGCUCUUUGUCAACCGGUUUACACACGGAAACCCGGGCGGGUUUGUGGGUUUUGUGAAUGAAGACGGUCUACCGGAGAGACACUCGUUAGUUUUAAUUGGCGAAUCAUCCGGGGCGUUGUUGUUUUUAGGGUUUUCCGUGGAAUCGGGUCGGAUUCUGUUUCCUAUAGGAUUUUAGCACAUUUUGUUUUAAGGGGAAGCCUUGAUGCUGUUCAGUCUGAUCCAGUCUUUAAUUAUCGGCUUUAUCUUCCUAUAAUUCUUAACGGGACUGUGGGAGUGUGCACGCAACGCUGAGAGUAACCGACCUUUGCAUGGUGGAUUUUUAAGUCAUUAUUUUAUCUUUGAUUGUUUCUGACUCUGCUUCGCCUGGCUGCCUCUGUCCUUUGUGUGGACUCGGGCUGUCAGUCCUGGACUCGGUUAAACUGUCCCAGUUGGUCCCCGUUUGAAGAGCACCAUGCCAGAGUGUGUGUCGGUGUCAGAGUUUGUGCAGGAGGUUCAGGAGGACUGGAGCUCCCCCACCACUUCCUCCUUCACCUCCAAGAUGAUCAGCUGCAAGAACACGGUCUACCUGCUGGAGGAGGCUCUAGACAGUGAUCGGCUGGUGCUGCAGAAGAUGAAGAAAGCUGCCAAAGCCAAAUACACAUCAGGACAAGACCACGUGUCCCACUUGGAGCAGUAUAUUAAUUCAAUGGAGAAGUUGUCGGUCAACUGUCACUCAAAUGGAGAAACGGAGGUCGGUUCUGCAUUCUAUCGCCUGGCGGACUUUUCUAAAGAGCUCGUCUCUCCUAUGAAAAAACUGUUAAAGAGCAUGCUCCACAACAUCAACUUCUUCCUGGACACUCUGGUUAAAGGAGACCUGAGGGAGGUGAAGGGGGAUCUGAAGAAGCCUUUUGACAGGGCAUGGCGAGACUAUGAGAGCAGAUUUAAGCAAGUGGAGAAGGACAAGAGGGAGUUGGCUCGUCAGUAUGGGAUGGUGAGGAGUGAGGUGAGCGGAGGAGAGAUUGCUGAGGAGCUUGAGAAGGAGAGACGCUCCUUCCAGCUGAGCAUGUGUGAGUAUCUGAUCAAGGUCAACGAGAUAAAGACAAAGAGAGGAGUCGAUCUGCUGCAGAACCUCAUCAAACACUACCACAGCCACAACAAUUUCCUGCAGGAGUGCGUCUCCACCACACAGAGGUUGAAGCAGUACAUGGAGGAGCUGAACGGCGUCCUGACCGUGGUGAAGCAGCGUCAGGAGGAGGAGAAGAGACAGCUGUGUGCCCUCAGAGACCAGCUGAGGCCGGUCGUCCACACGGAGCAGGACCCUGUACCGAAGCAGGUGUAUAGUAUGCAUCAGCUGAUCGGAGACAAACAGUAUGGAACAGAAAGAGCAGGAUUCCUCUACAAGAAGAGUGAUGGGUUGAGGAAAAUGUGGCAGAAGAGGAAAUGUUCAGCUCACAACUGUUACCUGACCAUCGCACAUGCUACUCCUAAUAAGUCUCCUACGAGACUGAACCUGCUCACCUGUCAGGUUAAACCCAGUGUGGAGGACAAGAAAUGCUUUGACCUCAUCUCCAAUAAUCGGACCUACCAUUUCCUGGCUGAAGAUGAAGCUGAGUGCGUGGCCUGGAUCUCGGUGCUCAGUAACAGUAAGCAGGAGGCUCUGAGUGCAGCUCUGGAUGGGGGGAGGAGAGGGGGAGAGGAGAACAGCGUGGAGGAUCUGACCCAGGCCAUAACUGACGACAUUAGACGGAUGCCAGGAAACAACAGCUGUUGUGACUGCGGAGCUCCAGAUCCUGGAUGGCUCUCAACCAACCUGGGCAUCCUAACAUGCAUUGAGUGCUCAGGGAUACAUAGGGAGAUGGGGGUCCAUGUCUCCAGGAUCCAGUCUCUGAGUCUGGACAGCCUGGGGACUUCAGACCUGCUGUUAGCCAGGAAUAUUGGUAAUGCUGGUUUUAAUGAAAUACUGGAGGCAAACCUGCUGAGUCCUUCACUGAAGCCCUCCCAGCACAGCCACAUGACAGAGCGUAAAGACUUCAUCCUGUCAAAGUAUCAGGAUGUUAAUUUUGUGAAGCGAAGUCACAGCUCUGCUUCAGUGAUGAGGCUCGGCCUGCAGGAGGCGACGAAGAGCUGCGACAUCUACAGUCUGAUCCGAUUGUACGCUCAGAGGACAGAGCUGAGUCAGCCGCUGCACACGCACAUACAGGAGAAAGGGGAGACGGCUCUCCAUCUGGCCGUCCUACUGGCUGACAGGACGUCACUGCACAUCCUGGACUUCCUAGCUCAGAACUGGUGUGUUUCUUUAUCCAGCUCCAACGUUGAUGUGCAGACAUCAGCUGGAAACACUGCACUGCACUACAGCUGUCUGCACAACAAGAGUGACUGUGUAAAGCUGCUGCUUAGAGCCAGAGCCAACAUACACAUCAAGAAUGAGCUCGGAGAGACCGCUUUGGAUGUUAGCCGCAGGUUGAAGCAUGGCCACUGUGAGGCGCUGCUACAGCAGGCCCAGUCCAACCAGUUUGGCCACCAUGUCCAUGUGGAGUACGAGUGGAGGCUUCGUCAUGACGAUAUCUAUGACAGUGAUGAUGACGUUGAUGACAAGAACGGUCUGGUGAAGAAGGAGCGGUCCUCCUCCUCUUCGUCUGCUUCCUUCACCUCCUCCUUCUCCUUCAGCUCUCGUCCCUUCAGCUUCAGUCAGUCCGGGUCCUCCUCUAGCACCCCACUUUCCUCUGGAGCAGCGGGAGGACCAGGAGGACUGCUAAGUGUUGGGAGGAGACUUGCCAUGGCCAUGGAGCUCCACAGCCGACCCUCUGGCUCCGUUCCCAGCCCUCCUCCACCUCCCCCAUCCUCCCCUGCACCCCCGCUACCCCCCAGGUUCAAAGCUCCCAGUGUUCCUCCUCCUCCCCUUCCAGCAGGGGGGGAGGGAGUGAUGGAGGAAGAGCUGGAAGAGGGAGAGGUCUUCUCCCCCCUGACAGGAAACCGAAAGUUGACCACUCCCCCUCCCAUCGCUGUCCGACAAAAAAGGAGCUCCUCUGAAUCCAGCAAACACGAUUAUGGGUUGCCAGCCAGUCCCAGGAUCUACAGCAGUCCAGACUCGUCCUUUAAGAAGUAUGUUCCAGCUUCUCCCCUCGGCUCACUCAUUGAACGACCCGGCAGAGGUUUUCGGAGAGCGGACAGUGAAGGUAGCUCCUCCCACAUCCUGCAACAUGCUACUAAAGCUCCGCCCAGUGAGUCUCCCACCAGUCAGCGCUCUCAGAGCUUUGAGAGUGGCAGCAGAGGCUCCGCCCCCCAACCACUUCCUCGCCGGACAUUGGCUCGAAGCACAACAAAUCGUCGGGUUCAGGCUCUAUAUGAUUGCCAGGCGGACCAUCACGAUGAGCUGAGCUUCUCAGAGGGACAGGUGUUGGUGGUCCUGGGACAGGAGGACAGUGAUUGGUGGCAUGGCUAUGUAGAAGAUGAACCGGACCAGAGGGGUUUGUUUCCGUCGUCCUUCGUCCAGCUGCUCUCUGACUGACAUGAACCCAGACAAGACCAGGAUCCAGCCAGAUCCAGACCAGAUCAGAGCCUGGAGCUCAGAACCAAACUGGGUCAGUACUGAGCAGCAGAAGCUGAACCCUUGAUCUUCAAAGGACCAGGACGGUGACCUAAUCGGCUCUAGCAUCCGGAGAGUUCACACGGUCCAGCCACUGUUCGCAUUGUCAUAGUAAAUUAUGCUCCGUCACCAUGGAAACGUUACUAACAAACUAUCUAGAUCAGACUAGAUAUUUAGGUGGCUCUGGCCAUAUGGGAAUGUUGCCAUGGGGACAGACUCAGACUGAUCAGCAAUGAUUCAAGGCUGAUAAUUUUAUUUCAAACUUUUUUAUAAUGUGCACAGAUAAUGGCAGGUAAUUUCAAGAUAACUGGACUUUUAUUUUGAAGUUAAUCUGAAUGACUAUCCUGUUCUAAUUUAUUUAAUGUAUUUAAAGUUAUUAAUGCUGUGGCAAUGCCACCAAAGGAGCUGCUACUGCCCUAUUUCAGGCUUCACCGCCUUAGUGGGACGAGGCUUACAAGGGUCCAGCCUUCCGUGGACUGAGGGUGAGGCUCCUGAACCUGCUUGUUGGAAAUAAAUGAGAUGUUCCACUGAGGAGUUACCAGGCCCAAAAAGACCAGUGGAUGAAAAGCAGCCGUCUGCUCUAAAUUCAGGUAAAAUCAGUUGGUCCAUAAACAGACUUCAGCUGAGGUGGGGCCUGAAAUCGGACUCAGCAGAAGUUGAUGCUUCCAGCUGCCUUCGAUGUCUCCCUUAGUAAAGCUUGGUCACAUUGUUUCUAUUCUAUAAAAUCUACCUGUCCUCAGCCCCAAAACAGGAUCUGAUAUCGCAUAUCUGAUGCGGGUAGCCAAUAA